ACACACCUCAAACUACGCCCGUGAAAAUCAUCCAUACGCCCACUCCAAUCUCCAUUUCCUUGUAAGCUGUAACAUCUCUCUUAUAAAUUAGUCUUCUCAAACCACACACUCUUCAUUCACUCACGUGAUAGUCCUCAACAACCCCUGAUCUCUUUCAAAAGCCUGCCUCCUUACCCUCCAUCAAACCACCACCACCAAUCCCAGAUACUCUUAUCUCUCAUGAUUUCUCAAUACACCCACUUAACCAAAGCUCAUAUGUAUUGAAUGUAUGGCUAUUAGAGUAAUCAUCCGGUGCACCUGCGUGUACAUGGAAUUUUUAAGUGCACCACUUUGCACUUUGUGGACACUUCUAUCUGUACCAUUCAUCAGGUCCAUCAUGCCAAUUCUUUGUGGGCCACCAUGAAGAAACAUAAAUUUAUCGGAGGAUCUAAGCCAUCGAUCGUGUAACUAGAGCAUCACUUGAUUAGAUUGAUUCUUGAUGGAUAUAAGCAAAGUUGGGUAGACCAAGUGGAUAUAGAUUUAUGGUUGGUUUUUCUUUGUUGAUUAAUGGUCCCUUGAUCAGUGUAUUUUUCUCAUGGUGGGCCUUUAAAGUGGAUUGGGCCUAAUGGACGGUCCAGAUCAAGAUGGAACUAGAAGUUUAGCGUAGAGCUGACAGUACUGAAGCAUUAUUCUUCUCUAUAUAAACAUGAAAGGUUACUUUCAUAAGUUCUAUGUAAUUGUUUUUUCAACUUCCAUCUAAAAUGGCCAUGAAACCAACUUCUCCAAGCUCCAUACAAGGCCACUUCGUCGAUGUCCAUCAGAUCGUCACCGACGAAGAGCGGCCCACCGCCAACGAUCAGCACAAGACACCAAACCGACCCAUCAGAUUCAAGGAACAGAGGAGAUCCAACCGUGGUUUCAGUCGGCAAGUCUCGCUGGAGACUGGAUUUUCUGUGCUCAGUAGAGAAUCCAAGGGUAGUAAGGAUGAGAGAAGGGUUCUUGCGAGAAAUGGUAAGAGUUUUGGAGGCUUUGCUACGGCUAAUAGAGUUGGAGAAGGUAGGAAGGGAGAUUUUAGUAUGUUUAGGACGAAGUCGACUCUUCAUAGGCAGAGUUCAUCGUUGUUGCCUGUGAGGAAGGAGAUGGAGGCAGAUUCAAAGGAGGAGUCUUGCAAUGGGCCAGAUGAAUCGGUUCAUCGAACUAUUCCGAAUGUCGGGAGAUACUUCGCCGCCUUGAGAGGAGCUGAGCUAGAUCAAGUGAAGGACUCCGAAGACAUUCUCCUCCCGAAAGAUGAACUGUGGCCAUUCCUUCUAAGAUUUCCUAUAGGCUGCUACGGUAUCUGCCUUGGCCUAAGCAGCCAAACCAUCUUAUGGGGAGCGCUUGCAUCUAGCCCAGCCACCCAAUUCCUCCACAUAACCCCACUAAUCAACUUCAUCCUUUGGCAUCUCGCCCUCCUUGUCCUCCUCUCCGUCUCCCUUACCUACCUCUUCAAAUGCACCUUCUACUUCGAAGCUGUUCGAAGGGAGUUCUACCACCCCAUCCGUAUCAACUUCUUCUUUGCUCCCUGGAUCGUUUGCAUGUUCCUCGCCAUCGGUGCCCCACCCAAACUGGUGGGCCCAAAACUGCACCCAGCCGUUUGGUGUAUCUUCAUGGCGCCAGUUUUCUUCUUAGAGUUGAAAAUCUAUGGCCAAUGGCUCUCGGGUGGCAAGCGGCGCCUCUCCAAGGUGGCUAACCCAUCGUCACACCUGUCGGUGGUCGGGAACUUUGUGGGCGCGAUCUUGGCUUGCAAGGUCGGGUGGAAGGAGGCUGCCAAGUUCUUUUGGGCUGUUGGAUUGGCGCAUUAUGUUGUGGUGUUUGUGACACUAUAUCAACGGCUGCCAUCGAGUGAGGCGUUGCCGAAAGAGCUGCACCCAGUGUUCUCGAUGUUCAUCGCGGCACCAUCGUCGGCAAGCAUUGCAUGGGCAGCCAUAUAUGGAGAGUUUGAUGGGUUGGCAAGGACGUGUUACUUCAUUGCAUUGUUUCUCUACGUUUCUCUUGUGGUGCGGAUCAAUUUCUUCUAGGGAUUCAGGUUUUCAGUAGCAUGGUGGUCCUACACCUUCCCAAUGACGACGGCGUCAUUGGCCACCAUUAACUAUGCUGAGCAAGUCCCCUGCUUCUUCAGCAAGGGGCUAGCUGUGACCCUCUCCCUAAUGUCGUCCAUGAUGGUCUCCUCGCUGCUCAUCUCGACUUUCCUCCAUGCAUUUGUGUGGCGUUCCUUGUUUCCAAACGAUCUUGCCAUUGCCAUAACAAAGAAGAGAAACACCAGUGCCGCUGGUGGUGGGAGAACACAUGCCUAUGAGAAGAAGCCCUCAAAGAAUGCCUUGGACAUGAGACAAUGGGUGAAGCAAUCUCCCCUUUCCUUUGGUUCUUCCACAUCCAGAAACAGCAAAACAGAAAAGAGGGAAAUUGAUGAAGAUGACAAGGCAUCACGCUCAUAAAUGCCCAUUCAAAUCAAAGAAAAGGGGGAAAAAAAGGAAAGAGAAUGUUAUACAUAAGACCCACUUCUUUCAGUAAAGCUCGUUUGUAAGAUUAGAGAAAUGUACAUGUUUGGAAGUGCCUUACAAAAAUAUUACAGAGAAGUCAGGAGAGACUGUAUCAUUGGUGAAAUAAAAUGAGAAAUGUUGUGUUAGGUCA